UGCAAUUUGCACACACGAAAGUGAGAAAACUAUAAAACUUACUUCCAUAACAUAAUAGUGUUUCUUUAAAGAUCAAAAUGGAAGCACAAUAAUAACAUCACAAAAGUCCCCAUCCUUGGAAAGUUUUUAGUGUGGGUCAUAUGACAUUCUGAAUCAGCUAUACUUUCAGUUCUUACUACUAGUACUGAAAGUGGCACACCAAAAAAUCGAGCAAGACACACGGUAGAGAAUAAUGGAAAGGCAGAAAAUAUCAAAUUUACUGACGGCGCCCAACACGACAUGGACUCUGUCUCUAUGUCCAACAUGACGUAAGUAACUCAGUCGAAUAUAUGUUAUAAACUCAAACAAGAACACCUAAACAAUGAUAAGAUGAAGUGUGGUCCAGCAUGGACAAGUAGCGGAUGUUCAUGUAUAUUAUGAGCCAAGAUGCGCCCGGUUUGGAACACAUGAUAUGAAAAACAGAGGAAUAUAAAAAUUGUAAUAAUUGGAUGUCAUGUUCCGUAGAUUUCUACAGGAAUCUGAAACACAGGAAUCGUACAAUAAGCUGUUUGGAUGUUUCACGGGAAUUUUACAGGGAAAUGAAAACAUGAGGUUUGACCAAAUGUUUUGAAUCCUCCAAAACAUGAAGAAAAGGAAGCAUUCCUAUAGGAAUUGUAAGUACCAAUCUUACAAUCCAAAUGGCAUCAUAUGAAAAUUUCCUACAAAAUUUCCUAUAAAAUACCUUUGUUCCAAACGGGCCUAAUUUUCUUUCGGAAAAUCUAUUUUCCAGCCAUAAUGGAAUUACAGUUACGCACGCACGAAGAGAAGAAGCAACGAAAUCCCGGCCCAGAUCGAUCGAGUCGGCCGGCGGGCGAGGUCCAUGGGCUCUGUCGCCGGGCAGCGGCGGAGUCUCCCUGAUGUGUCCUCACCAUGUCGGGCUACCGCCGCGGUGAUGGUGUUCCGGUCCAAGCUUCCUCACCAUGUAGGGCUACUGCUUCCUGCGUCUCCCAGCGGGGUCGUCCACACCUACGGCGAGGUGGAGAUCCUCUCCCAACGAGCAGUGGCUGGGCUCCGGCGUCUCGGUGUUGGCAAGGGCGACCUACUGCUCCUCCUCCCCCGCAACUGCCUGAGUUCGCCGUCGUCUUCCUCGGCGUUUGCCUGCCUGGGCGCCGCCACCACCAUUGCCACCCGUUCUGCAAGCCCCUCGAGAUCCACCGCCAGGUGGCCGCCACGAGCGCUAUGGUGAUCGUCACCGAGCAGCCAUCAGAUAAACCUGCAGAAGAUGUAAAAGCUUGUUGCCGAGGUGUUGUGCACGCUCCGCAGCUCCCCGCUCUCGUCAUCAACGAGGGCAGGGACAUGCUUACAUCCACCUUCGGACAUGUGGGAUCAACAAAAGUCCAUGCCUCAUCAACUUGCUCUGGAUGCCCAUCCUACCUGUGCUUGGUGUCCUUUAAAAACGUGCAAAUUACAGCAAUGCUGAUCGCAGCCCUGGCGGCGGGCUGCGCCGUGGACGCGGCCAGAUUCACCAUCACCAACAAGUGCUCCUACACUGUCUGGCCAGCCUCCAUCCCCGUCGGCGGCGGCGUCCGCCUCGACCCGGGCAGAACGACGACCCUGGACGUGGCCGCCGGGACACCCGCGGUCCGGAUCUGGGCACGAACCGGCUGCACCUUCGACGCCAGCGCCCGCGGGUCCUGCAAGACGGGCGACUGCGGCGGCAAGCUGGCCUGCACCGCGGGCGGCAAGCCCCCGGCGACGCUGGCGGAGUUCACGCUCGGGUCCGGAUCCGGCAGCCGCGACUUCUACGACGUCUCCCUCGUCGACGGCUUCAACGUGCCAGUCAGCUUCGCGCCCGCCGCCGGGUCCGGGUGCCACGCCAUCAGCUGCGCCGCCGACAUCAACGCGCGGUGCCCGCCGGAGCUGAAGGUGGACGGGGGCUGCGCCAGCGCGUGCCUCAAGUUCAACACGGACCGCUACUGCUGCCAGUCCGGGCCGGCGAAAUGCCAGCCGUCGGAUUAUUCGAGGUUCUUCAAGGGGCUCUGCCCUGAUGCAUAUAGUUAUGCGUUUGAUGAUAAGAGCAGCACCUUCACCUGCGCCGCCGGGACCAAUUACCAGAUCACCUUCUGCCCCUGAUUUAGGCCGCCCGGCUUAAGUUAUAGUGCACCGAAAUGAUUACAUAAUUUAAUGAAUAAUUUGUUGUUUGUACCUCGCGCGCAUAUUAAUUCAUGAGUAACGGAAAAGCCUUUUUUUUUAA